GUGUCCGUGAAGGCGUCAGAAGGCGUGAGCAGUUUUCAGGAGGAAGAUUCACGAGCCUCAGUUUGUUGUUCAUCUGGAACGUUUCCUCACAAACUCCUUGAAUCACCUGGAAUCACCUGGAGACGCCUGGAAUCACUUGGAGACUCCUCGAGCUGCUUCUCACCGGCACCAGCGGACAUGACGGUUUAACGAGGAUCUACCGGCAGCGGGUCCGUAUUCACCGGUAAAGUGCGUGUGUGUCUGCAGGUGAGACCAUGGCCAUCGCCCACGUGGCCACCGAGUACGUGUUCAGCGACUUCCUUUUGAAGGAGCCCAACCAGGCCCGGUACCGCAGCGUCCGGACCGAGCUCGCCGUUGACAAGAUGGUAACCUGUGUCGCCGUGGGGCUGCCGCUGCUGCUCAUCUCGUUGGCCUUCGCCCAGGAGGUCUCAGUGGGAACUCAGAUCAGCUGUUUCGCUCCGACUAACUUCUCCUGGAGACAAGCUGCUUAUGUGGAUUCGUUCUGCUGGGCUGCUGUACACACACAGGAACGGCCUCUGUGGCUGCACAAGUUCUUCCCCUACAUGCUGCUGCUGGUGGCAAUUCUGAUGUACACACCGGCUCUGUUCUGGAGAUUUUCUGCAGCGCCGCUGCUGCAGUCGGAUCUCAGCUUCAUCAUGGAGGAGCUGGACCGAUGCUACAACCGAGCCGUGACGCUCGCCAAACGCCUGGCGACAUCCGGACUGCUCACCCCCGACAGUGAUCCUACUGAGGGCUGCUUCAACUACCCUCUGGUGGAGAAGUUUCUGUCCACCAAGCGUUGCUGCCACUCUCUGCUCUUCCACUACCUGCUGUGUCGAGGUCUGACUCUGGUGACGCUGGUGUGCGCCUGCACUUACCUGGGCUAUUACCUGCGACUGGCCUCCGACACCGACGAGUUCUUCUGCCCGCUGAGCGUCUGGCUUCUGGAAACCAACCCCGGAGUACCUGAGAAGGUGACGUGCAAGCUGAUCGCCGUGGGAGUCUUCUCCCUGCUCAGCCUCGUGAACCUGAUUGUGUUCAUCGCGUUGGUUCCAGUCGUGAUCUUCGCCGCCCUCCGUCCUCUCCUCUGUCAUGGCUACGCCCACUUCCUGGAAACCUACCAAUCGCUGCCCACUGUCGGCGUCCUGCCGACGCCCGGCGGCCAAUGGGACGACCUGUCUCUGUACCUGCUGUUCCUGGAGGAGAACAUCAGCGAGCUCAAGUCCUACAAAUACAUGAAGGUGCUGGAGCUGCUCAGGAGACGAGGGGGAUGUUCUGAGGAGACCUUCGACUCGAUGGGUCUCCUGCAGACGCUCUGCCUGGUGAAGCUGGACGGAGUCGACGGGAAGAAAAGCGCUGCAGGAAAACCCGACUUCGCUGCUGAAGCUGCAAACAACAGCUGGACGGGAACCGAGAUGAAAGAGUUCGCUCCGCUGCUGACAGGAAGUGGUGAUGUCACCGGAAGCGGAGCCAGUGAGGGAGCAGCCGCCCGGCAGCGAGCGAUUUGAUUGGCUGAAACACGACUUACUGCGAUUGUAGAUUCAAUAACAAAGGACGACAAAGUUUCAGCUUGGAUCUGUGGAUUUGAGAGUUUUAGUACAAAGCAGCAGCUGAUGAAUGUUCAGAAUCAUUCGAUGGUUUUUAGAUGAUUAAAACGCUGCAGCUGGUGUCUCUGAAUCACCUGCAUUCACUGAUCAUUCAACAGACGGUCGUGAAGCAGCUUCUCUCCUGACUGGGAUCAAACAGAACUGAACCCUGAACCAGACAUUUGGGUCAUUUCAUUAACAGUCCACCAGUCCUUCACCUGAUGCUCAGAAUCAGCUGGUUCUGGAGCAGCUUGGUUCAGCUUUGGUAGAUUUUUAUAUGACAUGACGUUUCUUAUCUCCUGCCUGCUUGCUGUUUCUGUUGGAGCUGUUUAAAACCAGCUCAGUGUCUCGUUUUUUGGCUGCCGGAACCUUUUGGGAUCUUUUGUUGGUGUUUGCAGUCAAAUGUACAUUUUCUACGGAGGAACAAACCAGCGACUGAAAGUAAAGAACAAGUUCACUUUAAAUUCACGAUACAUUGUGAAACUGUCUAAGUAGCUUUGGUGUGUUUCUGUGGGAACAGGUUUCACACUUCAGGCCUGUGGAGGAGACGACUGGAUGGUUCUGUGUGAUUCUGAGCUUUAAGCAGCUGAACCAUGAAGCCCAGCUCAGACGUCGUUCAGGAUGUUUCUGUUCUUCUUACUUGAUUCAUUUAUUACAGAAAUGAAGGGUUUUUCAGGUACGAUCGCAUGAAGCUUUCAGUUAUCGUCGCCUUUAUCUGAUUUUUAUAAAAAGGCACGGAGUUGUCCGAGUUUAUCGAACUGACCUGAGUGUUGACCAGGAAACAGGCGAUCCAGCGAUGACUCCAGUUUACAUCAUCAUCUACUUAAAUCUCAGGGAUGAAAACGUUUAACGUGGACCUGCUCACGUCUUCUCUUUGCUUUAUGUUCGUGUUUUUACAAACUUCUGUUGUUUUUCUUCUGAACGCUGAGUGUGUGUGUCUCCAGACAAACUUAGUCGCGUUGCUGCCUUUUGUAUUUUGUAUUAUUGUUUCUGGGCUUUUUCUGCCUGUGUUGGACGGGAUCGAGUAGCGAGACGGAGAGACGUGGGAGAAGAGUCGGGGAAGGAUGUGCAGCACCGAGCCGCUGGCUGGACCGGACCAUGCGGCGCUGAAUCGGUGACCGUAGCCCUGUUCACGGGUCACCUUCUGUCCAGUUGAGCUGCCGGGGCGGCCUGUGUACUGGAUUUAUGAAGUUUGUUAAAAAGCUGCCUGAUUACUGACUGCUUCAUACAAAUACAGGUUUUUGAUGUUUCUUCAGGGCGAACAUGUAAAGUCAUACUUUUUUCUUUGAUUUUAUUAAAUAUUGUCUGUAGUUUAACAAAACAGGAACAAAA